GCCCGGCUAAUUUUUUUGUAUUUUUAGUAGAGACGGGGUUUCACCGUGGUCUCGAUCUCCUGACCUCGUGAUCCGCCCGCCUCGGCCUCCCAAAGUGCUGGGAUUACAAGCGUGAGCCACCGCGCCCGGCUACUUUAUUUUUUUACUAGUGUCUCCAGAGGACAGAUGUAACUUUCCAGAUAGCCUUGAAAAAUGUGACUCUUAUUCUGCAACAAAAAACAAAAACAAAAAAAAACCCCAUCAUUUUUCGUACUCCUCUGAGGUUCCUGGUAAGAAGCGUGAGAUUCUAUAAAGAGAGAGCCCAGGGUUUUGCCUGUUCAGCUGCCCCUGGUCAGGAGCUUAUGUGUGAAUCUCCCCAGAAACACUUCCCAACCAUAGGACAUUUCCCUUGACUCUGAUUCAUCCAUGAGUCCCCAGAGUAUUUUGCUACCAUCCUUCCAAACAAUCCAUGCCAAUCGUUGAUUAUGAUCAGGAGCAUGGCCACGCAGACUCCCUCAGGUCACCCUGUCCCUCUCCUGAUUGAAGAUUUUCCCCAGCAUCACUUGGUGGGAAUUUUCUGGACUAACAGAAGCCAGAGGGAAAAGGCUGCACUUCUGCCUCUGCUGCUGACUGGCUGUGAGUUCUGAGGCAGGUCCCUCAGUCUGAGUUUGUUUUUUCACCUGUGAGACAGGGAUGAUAAUAGUGGUGGUGGUGACAUGGGUUUUUUGUGUUUUUUUUUUGAGACAGAGUUUCCCCUCUUUCGCCCAGGCUGGAGUACAGUGGUGUGAUCUCGGCUCACUGCCACCUCUGCCUCCUGGAUUCAAGUGAUUCUUGUGCCUCAGCCUCCUGAGUAGCUGGGAUUACAGGUGCGCGGCACCACACCUGACUGAUUUUUGUAUUUUUUGUACAGUCAGGGUUUUGCCAUGUUGGCCAGGCUGGUCUAGAACCCCUGACCUUAAGUGAUCCACCUGCCUCGGCCUCCCAAAGUGCUGGGAUUACAUGCAUGAGCCACCAUGCCCGGCCUGGUGGUGACAUUUGUUAUGUUCACCCAUGGAGGUCUUAGCGUUCUCGAACAGUAAGAUGGAUGUCAGAGCCAAACGUCAACUUGAAAUCUGGAUGGAAAUGGCUCCCUCCAAGCCCGAACCUCAGGGGAAGGUUCAGCAGUCACAGCCCACCAGUGUUUCAGCUGCCAAUGCUACUCAGAGAGGGAAGUGCUGCUGCUGUCUGGAGGGGCGCAGCCCUGAAGGUUACAGAAGACAGUGGGCAGAGAAUGUGGAAAAUCACCCAGAGGUUGCUGCUCACACUUCAUGUCUUCAGAGCAUCACCCCUCAUUUUAUAGCUGGAGAGAUGGGGUGCACAGCCAGGGAAAGCCAGGAACAGGUUCCGGCUUCCAUCACUCAGAUACUCAGGAAUCCCUGGUUCUCGAGGCUGGACAGUCCAAGAUCAAGGUGCCUGCAUCUGGCGUCUAGUGCAGACCCUAUUCCUGGUUUGCAGUUCCUCAUUGUUACUGUCUCAGAUCACCAAAAAGUGGACAGGGAUGAGGAGUGGAAGCAAGGAAAAAUAAGGAAAGAAAUGCACUGGAUCCCAUUGUUACAGUGCGUUGAGGACCGAUCUAUAGCAGGAAUUCCCAAACUUGAACAUGGUGACUCCCGCCAGACUGAGUCACUCCUGGAUGUUCUGGUGGGAGGGUUUUGGGGAGUCCCCCACACAGCCCCACCUCACCUCCAAGAGGCUGGAGGCCCCACAGGUGGGUACGGUGUUGGUGGCCAGCCCCUUAGUGGCCGUGGCCGGUGGGUGGGCGAGGAGACUGGUCCAGUCGAUGGACCUCAUGCCUGGUGGGCGCUGCCCACGGCACUGGGAACUUCCUUGCUCCUUUUGGUGCUGUUGGUACAGCCUUUCCAGAGCAGCGAACGAAUGCCAGUCUCCUCCCACACCCCUCCAGGAACGCAGACCAACACAGCUGCUCUAUUAAAUGUGUGCACUUCUUAUUCUGAGUAUGUCUGGGUCUCUGAUGAGCUCUGUUUAUUGCAGCCCUCAGUCCUGUAAAGAGGAGGAUGGUUCCAAAGAGCCCU